AUAAUGGAAGACAAAGUUCAGAAAUAAUAUAUUGAGUGUGUAAGAAAGCUGCAAAGAUUUACCCAAAGUAGUGUGCAUGACUAAAUUAGACUAUCCUGAUAGAGUGCCAGGGAAGAUAUUAUAAAAAUUACAAGUUCUAUAAGCAUCAAUAGAUAAUCAAAAGAUGGUAAAAGUGGAAUCAUUGUCUGAAGUGGAGAUAUAAUAAUUAAUAACACCUUCAAUUCCUGUGAAAUAUCGUAUGUAUAUAGACAUUGUGAGUUCACUUAUAUAUUUUGAAGAUGAGGUAUCGGGACGUCUUGAGAUGAAAAAAAAAUCAGGAUGGUUUUGGAAUAAUAAAACAUUAAAAUUAAAUAUGUUGGAUCGUUAACUUAGUAUAUCAAGGAAUGAUCCAAAGAAAAGAGAUAAAUAAUUAUAGCUAUCAGAUUUUUCAUUAAAAUGGUAUAAAAAUAAUUCAUAGAUUUUUAAAGGUGUGAAUCAAUGAAGAAUAAAUAUUGUUUUUAACUUUGUGGAAGGGAGAUAUUUCUAUUUGGAUGUGAAGAUUUAUAAUAAGCAGAGAAAUGGUUUAAUUAUUUGAGAUAAUGUUGUGCUUUUAUUGAUGAUGAUUAAUUAAAAAAGAUAAAGUAUGAUAAUAUUAUUAAUAGAAGAUAAUAGAAAUAACUUUAACGUUAAUCAGAAGAUUUAAGUUAAACAAUUAAUAAUACAUAUUCUUAGAAGAGAUCUGAAAUAAUAUAAUCAAAGUAAUAAAAUAUGAUUGAUGAAACAAUGAAGAAUCAUCAUAAGAGUUAGAUAUAAGUACCUAAAAAGUAUAAGGAAAAUGUAUAAUAGUCAAAUGAUUAGAAAUAAUAAGUAAUAGAGAAACAAUAACAAGUUUAAGUAAGUCAAAAUGUAAAAGAAAAUAUAUCAAGAAAUGAAAAUAAUGUUCCAGCUCUUUUGUAGAAUGUAAUAAAUAAAUAAGAUUUAUUUUCAAUUGAUAGAUUGAUGGAUGAUUCAUAAUAUUAAUUAAUUAGUUUUAAAAAUAAAUUGAGGUAAAACUUUCAUGAUUUAUGAGUAGAUUAUUAUAACAUAAAACAUAAAAUGAAAAAAUAAAGGCAAUAGUAAAUGUAACAAGUGAUAACAUAAUCGCAAUAGUAUCAGCUUUGGUAUGUCCUGAUGUGAUGAAGUAAUGGAAUACUUAGAUUGAUUAGACUAUAAUUUUAGAUAUUAUGGUAAAUAGUAAUUCAAUGAUCAUUUCUGAACUGAGAAAGAAAUUCGGUAUGUUAUAUUUGAAACGAUCUUAUACAUAUUUAAGAUAUGUUUUUAAAGAUUAAAAUAAUUAUUUCAUAGUAGAUAAGAGUUUAUCAUAUUAAAAUAAUCAAUAAUAGAAUGCUUAUUAAUUUGAGGGAUAAAUUUAAUUAAGUAUAAUAGCUGUAAUUCCAUAAUAAUAAUAAUAAGUAAUGAUAAUAUGGGAAACAGAAACUAAAAAUGGAGGAUAUGCAAAUGAUGCUUAAUUGUCGUUGCAUUAUGUUUCAGAAUUAUAAAAUUUAGAUUGUUAUUUAAUUUAAAAGCAAUUUAAGAUUCCAACUCCAAUAAUAUUAGAAAAGGCAAUUAAACAACCACUUGAUGUGGAAAUAAUAGAAUAAUAUUAACCUUAAAAAAUUAUUGAAGUAUCAAUUGAUUCUUCUUUUUCUGAUGUAGAUUGCAAACAAUUUCAAUCAUAAAUCAUAUUGGAUGAAGAACCAGAAACAUAAAUUGAUAAAAAUAAUUAUUUUUAAUUAUUAGACUUAGUAAUUAAGAACCCUGGUUUAAUUUAUUGGUCUGCAAUUCAUUAAUAUAAAUUAACACCAAAUGAACCAGAUAAUAUUUAUUAUAAAGAGACUGUUGAUCAUAAAAAUAUUAUAUUGUAGAGUGAUUGGGAAAUCUUAGAUAAAGGUGGCUUGAGAUUUGUAAAUAAAAAGAAAUUAGAAAUCUAGAAAGAAGUUAUAACAUUUAUGUUAAAAAAAUUAGGAUCUAAUUUACUUAUGGGUAAAUCAUUAAUUAGUAUUUCAUUACCUGUAAAUAUUUUUGAAAGAAGAUCAAAUUUAGAAAGAGCUUGUUAUAGUUUAGGAUAUAUGUGGUUAUUAGAAAAGGCAGGAGAAUUAUAAGAUCCUAUUGAAUAAAUGAAAUUGGUUGCAUAAUUUUCACUUGCAUAUAAUAUAAUGUUUUUAAAUAUGGAAAAACCAUUCAAUCCAAUAUUAGGAGAAACCUUUUAAGGAUAUAUGAAUGGAAAUCUAUUAUAUAGUGAAUAGAUCUCUCAUCAUCCACCUGUAUUAGGAUUAUAUGUACUUGGUAGAAACUUUAAAUUAACAGGACAUUUAGAAUCUUAAGCAAAUUUUAGUGCUAAUUCAAUUACUGGAUAGAAUUAUGGAUAUCUCAAAGUAACAUUUCCAAAUAAAACAUCUAUAAUAUUUAAUGUAAUGCCUGGUGUUAUAUAAGGUAUGACUAUUGGUCAUAGAUAAUUUUAUUAUAAUGGAGUUGGUUGGUUAGUUGAUUUAGAUAAUAAAUUAUUUUGUGAUAUUGUAGUAACAGCUUUUCCAGGAAUGUUUAGUAAAAAGAUUACACCCUAAGAUUUUAUGGAAGGAUAUAUUGUAAAAGGUUCUAUGAAAGAUGUUAAUAAAUUUAAUCUAGAAACUUAUCGAAAAUAUUAAGGAAUAAAAGCUUUACCUUAAUAAGAUAAACUUUCGAUUAUUAGUGGUAGAUGGACAACAGGAAUGAUUAUUGAUGGAAUAGAGGUAUUAAAUUGGUUCAAACAUUUUCCAUAUAAAUUGAAAUAUGAAGAUUAUCCUUUAGCAUCUGAUAGUAAUUAUAGAGAAGAUUUAAUUGCUUUGAAAACAGGUGAUUUAAAUGUAGCAUAAGAUAGGAAAGAGUAAAUGGAAAUAAAGUAAAGACAUGAUAAGAAAAUAAGAUAAAAGAAAAAUCAUUGA